AUGAAUGGAAACCCCGGCCUCUCAAGAUCAAUUUUGCUUAUUCCGCGGGCCAGAUUCAUUGUUGCGAGCCUGGGAGCUUUGUCCGGUAGUAUAUAUACGGGGAGGAGGGGGAGGGGGGCCGAAAUAAUGAGAAAAUUCUUCAAUGAGCUUGCAGAAUGUGUCUAUGCGAAGGAGAUCAAGCCUAAAAUACCUAUAACUUUGAUGAGAUAG